CUCUCAAUUUCAGGGCAAUGACUCGGUAGGCAAAGGAACGGGAUCCGGACACCGAACGCUGCUGUACGGCAAUGCCAUUUUGCUACGUCACAACAACAGUGAUAUGUAUCUAGCGUGCCUUUCGACGUCGUCUUCCAACGACAAGCUCUCGUUCGACGUCGGUCUGCAGGAGCACAGCCAGGGCGAGGCGUGCUGGUGGACGGUUCAUCCGGCUAGCAAGCAGCGUUCCGAGGGUGAGAAGGUCCGCGUCGGUGACGAUCUGAUUCUGGUCUCGGUGGCAACCGAACGGUAUCUGCACACCACCAAGGAGAACGACCUUUCGAUUGUCAAUGCCAGCUUCCACGUGACGCACUGGAGCGUUCAGCCUUACGGUACCGGUAUCUCUCGGAUGAAGUAUGUGGGAUACGUGUUCGGCGGCGAUGUGCUUCGGUUCUUCCACGGAGGCGACGAGUGUCUAACCAUACCGAGUACAUGGGGUCAAGAUCCGGGGCAGAAUAUGGUUGUCUACGAAGGUGGCUCAGUGAUGUCCCAAGCUAGAUCCCUCUGGCGACUGGAGCUGGCGCGAACCAAAUGGGCCGGAGGGUUCAUCAACUGGUCGCAUCCGAUGCGCAUUCGUCACCUGACUACCGGUCGCUAUCUGGGUGUCAACGAGAACAACGAGCUGAUCUUGAUGCAACGCGAACAGGCCACCACUUCGCAGACGGCGUUCGUGCUGCGAGCGGAAAAGGACGAUCAGAAGGUGGUGCUGGAAGACAAGGAUCUCGAGGUGAUCGGUGCCCCGAUCAUCAAGUACGGUGACUCCACCGUGAUCAUGCAGCAUCACGAGUCCGGACUGUGGGUGAGUUACAAGAGCUACGAAACCAAGAAGAAGGGCGUCGGCAAGGUCGAGGAGAAGCAAGCCGUACUGCACGAGGAAGGCAAGAUGGACGACGGGUUGGACUUUUCCCGCUCGCAAGAGGAGGAAUCCCGGACGGCUCGGGUCAUCCGCAAGUGUUCGCAUCUGUUCACCAAAUUCAUUGGUGGCCUUGAAACGCUUCAGCAGAACCGCCGGCAUUCGUUCUUCCUGCAGACGAUCAACCUCGGCGAGAUGGUGAUGUGCUUGGAGGAUCUGAUCAACUACUUUGCUCAACCGGAAGAUGACAUGGAGCACGAGGAGCGUCAGAACCGGCUGCGGGCCCUCCGUAACCGUCAAGAUCUGUUCCAGGAGGAGGGUGUUCUGAAUCUGAUUCUGGAAGCCAUCGAUAAGAUCAACGUCAUUUCUUCGCAAGGCUUCCUGGCGUCGUUCCUGGCCAGCGAUGAAACUGGUCAAAGCUGGGAGAUGAUCUCCGGUUAUCUGUACCAACUGCUAGCCGCGAUCAUCAAGGGCAACCACACCAAUUGUGCUCAGUUUGCCAACUCGAACCGGUUGAACUGGCUGUUCUCCCGAUUGGGAUCGCAAGCCUCCAGCGAGGGUUCCGGUAUGCUGGAUGUACUCCAUUGCGUUCUGAUCGACUCUCCGGAGGCGUUGAACAUGAUGAGAGACGAACAUAUCAAGGUGAUCAUUUCGCUGUUGGAGAAGCACGGUCGCGACCCGAAGGUUCUGGAUGUUCUGUGUUCGUUGUGCGUCGGUAACGGAGUAGCUGUGCGAUCAUCGCAGAACAACAUCUGCGACUUCUUGCUACCGGGAAAGAAUCUAUUGUUGCAAACCAGCUUGGUAGAUCACGUGGCGAGUGUUCGGCCUAAUAUUUUUGUUGGACGUGUGGAAGGAUCAGCCGUGUACCAGAAGUGGUACUUUGAGGUGACCAUGGAUCACAUCGAGCAAACUACGCACAUGUCGCCGCAUCUGAGAAUCGGUUGGGCCAACACGAAUGGAUACGUCCCGUAUCCGGGAGGCGGUGAGAAGUGGGGUGGAAACGGAGUUGGUGACGAUUUGUUUUCGUACGGUUUUGACGGUGUGUUCUUCUGGUCCGCUGGGCGUAGAACUCAAGUCGUGUUUUCGAAUAUCUCGGAACCGUUCAUCAAGAAGAACGACGUAAUCGGCUGUACGCUGGAUUUAAGUGUCCCAGUGAUCAGGUUUACGUUUAAUGGCGAACCCGUUCACGGCUGUUUCACGGACUUCAACCUUGACGGUAUGUUCUUCCCGGUUAUCAGUUGCUCGUCCAAGCUGAGUUGCCGUUUCCUCUUCGGUGGUGAUCACGGUCGAAUGAAGUUCAACCCACCGCUAGGAUUUUCGCCGCUAGUGCAGUGCCUUAUGCCUCAUCAGAACUUGAGCCUCGAUCCGUGUUUCUUCUUCGGAAACCUGAACAAGAAUGUGCUGGCCGGUCCGUGGUUGGUAGAGGAUGAUUCGGCAUUUGUACCGAAACCGGUAGACACUUCGUCCGUUACGUUGCCAGCUUCCGUAGAGACGAUCAAGGAUAAGUUGGCGGAGAAUAUCCACGAAAUGUGGGCUUUGAACAAAAUCGAAGCAGGUUGGACCUGGGGCGAACGCAGGGACGAUCUGUACAGGAUCCAUCCUUGUUUGACGUCUUUCGAAAAGUUGCCAGCUGCGGAGAAGCGUUACGAUUGUCAACUGGCCGUACAAACGUUGAAGACCAUUUUGUCAUUGGGGUACUACAUUUCGAUGGAUAAGCCUCCGGCGAGAAUUCGCCCGAUUCGUUUGCCAAACGAUCCCUACAUGCAAGGCAAUGGAUACAAGCCCGCUCCACUGGAUUUAAGUGCUGCCGUUUUAAACCCCAAGAUGGAAGAGCUGAUCGAUUUGCUAGCCGAGAAUACUCACAACCUAUGGGCAAAGGAGCGUAUCCAGCAAGGCUGGACGUACGGUCUGAACGAAGACGGUGAAAACAGACGUAGUCCCCACUUGGUGCCGUACAGCAAAGUGGACGAAGCUAUCAAGAAGGCGAACCGCGAUACGGCUUCGGAAACUGUGAGGACUCUGCUGAUCUACGGCUAUAACUUGGAUCCCCCGACCGGAGAGGCCAACGAAGCACUGGCUGCCGAAGCGUUCCGACAGAAGUUCUCUGCGUUCAGAACGUAUCGAGCGGAGAAGAACUACGCUGUUACUUCGGGCAAGUGGUACUUUGAGUUCGAAGUGCUGACUGCUGGUCCAAUGAGGGUUGGUUGGGCACGUGCAGACUGUAACCCCGGAACAAUGCUUGGUAGCGAUGAUUCGUCGUGGGCUUUCGAUGGUUACAAUGAAGAAAAAGUGUCUGGAGGUGCAACGGAAUCAUUCGGCAAACAGUGGGUACCUAGCGAUAUCGUUGGUGUAUUUCUUGACUUAGUGGAUCAUACGAUCAGCUUUUCGCUGAACGGCGAACUGUUGAUGGACGCCCUCGGCGGCGAAACCACGUUUGCUGAUGUGACCGCUCCGGAAGGAGUAGGUUUCGUACCGGCCUGUACCAUUGGAAUCGGCCAGAAAGCUCGCGUAGUCUACGGUCAAGACGUCGACUCGUUGAAGUGGUUCACCACUUGCGGUCUGCAAGAGGGCUACGAACCCUUCUGUGUAAACAUGAAACGCGCCGUUACGCACUGGUACACCAAGGAUCAACCGAUCUUCGAAAACAACGAGGACAUCCCGGACUGCAAGAUCGACGUCACCCGUAUUCCGGGUGGUGCCGAUACGCCGCCAUGUCUGAAAAUUUCGCACAACACUUUCGAAACGAUGGAAAAGGCCAACUGGGAGUUCCUGCGGUUGUCGCUCCCCGUUACCUGCGAUGCCUCCUUUAUUGACGAAACCGAGAAGAUGCACCGUUGGGAAGAGAUCCGUAUCCGUCAGCAUCGUCUACUGAUGGAAGCCGAACAUCAAGCUCAACCGGGUGGUGCUCAUCUGGAUCAUAUCAUGAAGAGUGGUUUCACCAUGAACGACCUGAAGGGUCUGCAGCGUAACUACUCCGAAGAUGGAGUGGAAUCCGAUGAAGUUAUGCGUCACGGACCGCAACGUCCGUCACGUGCUUCCCGUAGAGGUGAAGCCCUCAGUCCACCAGGGAUCGAAAUCAACGGUGAAAUGCACAUGUCCGAUCCGGAGAAUGCCUAUUCAGAUCACGAAAUGGAUGACGACCGGAAGAAGCGUGGACGAAGUCCGUUCAGGCUGUUCGGCAAGAAGCGUGAUCAGAGCAAGGACAAAUUGAAGGAUCGCCGCACGCCGGAGCCGGAACCUCGCAAGGGAACCAUGCAGCAACGUACCGUUGCUCGUAGUGCCACGCGCGUUUCGAACACCGGUACCCGUGAAGCUGCCCAGAUGGCUGCCGAGCGCAAGUCCAUGGGCAGUCCACAGGGUGUUGAGUCGUUCGGAAACGAAGUCUACGACGCUGACUGCUUGAAGUUGAUCAACGAAUACUUCUACGGUGUGCGCAUCUUCCCAGGUCAGGAUCCAACGCAUGUCUACGUCGGCUGGGUAACCACUCAGUACCACGUGCACAGCAAAGAGUUCAACCAGGACAAGGUCCGCCACGCGGCGAUCUACGUUGAAGACGAAAGCGAGAAGACCGUGGAAGUCGUCAACCGCCAAUCCUGCUACAUGGUCCGGGCCGAUGAGCUGUUCAACGAAGUCACUCAAGACGCUUCUGGUAAGGGAGCUUCCCAGGGUAUGUUUGUUGGAUGCUUCGUCGAUACUGCCACCGGUACGAUUCGCUUCACCUGCGAAGGCAAAGAGACUUCCCACGUGUUCCUGAUGGAGCCGGAAACCAAACUGUUCCCUGCCAUCUUCGUUGAGGCCACCAGCAAGGAAAUCCUCCAAAUUGAACUGGGCCGUACUCCGACUACUCUACCCUUGUCGGCCGCGGUUCUGCCAACAGGCGACAAACAUAUCAACCCUCAAUUCCCACCCAGGCUGAAGGUCCAAUGCCUGAAGCCUCACCAAUGGGCUCGUGUGCCAAAUACUGCCUUACAAGUGCACGCCCUCAAGCUCUCCGACAUCCGCGGUUGGUCGAUGCUCUGCGAAGAUCCAGUUUCCAUGCUGGCUCUGCACAUCCCCGAAGAAGAUCGCUGCAUAGACAUCCUAGAGUUAAUCGAAAUGGAUCGACUUUUGUCCUUCCACGCUCACACCCUUACACUGUAUUCAGCCCUAUGCUAUCAGUCCAACUAUCGCGCAGCUCACGCACUCUGUAACCACGUUGACCAGAAGCAGCUGCUCUACGCCAUUCAAUCGGAGUACAUGAGCGGACCACUCCGUCUCGGAUUCUAUGAUCUGCUGAUCGCUCUACAUCUGGAAUCCCACGCCAAUACCAUGGAGGUCUGCAAGAAUGAGUUCAUCAUCCCGUUGGGUCCGGAACUGAAGGAUCUUUACGUCGAUCCGGAGAUGUGCCACUCACUCCGAUCCCUACAGACCCUUUCCGUAAGACCCCAGAUGAACAUGACGGAGAUUGCAUCACCCUCACCCCCACAAUCGAAUUUGCCAACAAUAGUAGCACCAGAUUCUUCCAGUGAACCAAUACCGGCAAUUGAUUCGCUUUAUUCGCCAAGAUUCCCGCUCGAAGUGGUGCGGGAGUUUGUGAUGGCCGCCCUCAAGGAGGCGGUCGAGAUCAAUCAGGUGCACAACCGUGACCCGAUCGGCGGUUCUAAUGAGAAUCUGUUCCUGCCAUUGAUCAAGCUGAUCGACAGAUUGCUGUUGGUCGGUGUGAUCACCAACGAAGAUGUUGAGAAGUUGCUGAUCAUGAUUGAUCCCGAGACGUGGGAUCCCGCGUUCGAGAAGGAAGGUAAGGAUGAACAUCGCAAGGGAUUGCUGACCAUGAAGAUGGCGGAAGGUGCCAAGCUUCAGAUGUGCUACCUCUUGCAUCACUUGUACGACGUGCAGCUGCGUCACAGGACAGAGAGCAUCAUUGCUUUCGCUCACGACUACGUGUGUGAUCUACAGCAGGAUCAGCUGAGAAGAUACAUCGAGAUCAAGCAGUCGGAUCUGCCGAGCGCUGUCGCCGCGAAGAAAACUCGCGAGUUCCGUUGUCCACCGCGAGAGCAGAUGAACGCCAUCCUAUGCUUCAAGAAUCUGGAAGGCGAAGACCUGGAGAACUGUUCCUGUGGCAGUGAACUUCGUGAACGAUUGAUCGAGUUCCACGAGAAACUGAUGGGUAAGGUGUCGUUGAACGCCCUACAAGAGCCGGAAGAAGAGUCAGCCGAGCCCGUGGAUGAAAGCAAACCAGGUGCGCUGAAGAAGCUGUACAACUUCAUAAACGCCGUCAAGGAGUUGGAGGAAGAUCCCAAAGAACCGGAGGAAGUUGAAAAGAAGACUCCGGAGGAAGUGUUCCGAAAAGUUUUGAUUAAACAGAUCGUAUCCUGGGCGGAGGAGUCGCAGAUCGAAAACCCCAAGUUGGUUCGAGAGAUGUUCGGUUUGUUGGUCAGACAGUACGACACGAUUGGAGAACUCAUCAACGCUUUGAACAAGACUUACGUCAUCAACUCCAAGACAACCGGGGAUGUUGCAAACAUGUGGGUUGGCUUGAGUCAAAUCCGCGCCCUGUUGCCAGUACAGAUGAGUCAAGAGGAAGAAGAACUGAUGCGAAAACGCUUGUGGAAGUUGGUUAACAAUCAUACGUUUUUCCAGCACCCGGAUUUGAUCCGCAUCCUAAGAGUUCACGAGAACGUCAUGGCUGUAAUGAUGAACACUCUGGGUCGCCGCGCUCAAGCACAGAGCGAUGCACCAGUUCAAUCUGCCGAGGGUGAAGAAACCGCACCCAAAGAGAAGGAUACAUCUCAUCAGAUGGUCGUAGCGUGCUGUCGUUUCCUGUGUUACUUCUGUCGUACAGGGCGUCAAAAUCAACGCGCCAUGUUUGACCACUUCGACUUCUUGCUGGAAAACUCCAACAUUUUAUUGUCCAGACCUAGUCUAAGAGGUUCCACACCCCUCGAUGUGGCUUAUUCCAGUUUGAUGGAGAACACCGAACUUGCGCUGGCCCUCCGUGAACACUAUCUGGAGAAGAUCGCCGUCUAUCUAUCUCGUUGCGGUCUGCAAAGCAACUCCGAAUUGAUUGAGCGUGGCUAUCCGGAUCUUGGUUGGGAUCCCGUGGAAGGUGAACGCUAUCUGGAUUUCCUGCGUUUCUGUGUCUGGGUUAAUGGUGAAAGCGUUGAAGAGAAUGCCAAUCUGGUCAUUCGUCUGCUGAUCCGACGUCCGGAGUGCUUGGGUCCUGCGCUUCGUGGUGAAGGUGAAGGUUUGUUGAAAGCCAUCAUCGAUGCCAACAAGAUGUCCGAGAAGAUUGCCGAGCGUAGAAAAAUGCAGGAUGAGGCCGAAGGUACGAUCAGUGGUCUAGGCUUCUCACACCCUCUUCCCGAGGGAGACGACGACGAAGACUACAUCGAUACCGGAGCUGCCAUUCUGUGUUUCUACUGUACGCUGGUGGAUCUAUUGGGCCGUUGCGCACCGGAUGCAUCGGUAAUUGAACAAGGCAAGAACGAAUCGUUGCGAGCCCGUGCCAUUCUGCGUUCCUUGGUACCGCUGGAAGAUCUCCAGGGUGUGCUGGGUCUUAAGUUUACGUUGAACAAUCCGGCCGCGGGCGAGGAAAGGCCCAAAUCUGACAUGCCAUCAGGCUUGGUUCCUGGACACAAGCAAAGCAUCGUGCUGUUCUUGGAGCGCGUGUAUGGAAUCGAAACGCAGGAAUUGUAUUACCGACUGUUGGAGGAUUCGUUCCUCCCUGAUCUGCGUGCAGCUACUAUCCUCGAUCGUAGCGACGGAUCGGAAAGUGACAUGGCCUUGUCCAUGAAUCGCUACAUCGGCAAUUCCAUCCUGCCGUUGCUCAUCAAACACUCCAAGUUUUACAAUGAAGCUGAGAACUAUGCUAGCUUGUUGGACGCCACCCUGCACACCGUGUACCGCAUGUCUAAGAAUCGCAUGCUAACCAAGGGACAACGCGAGGCUGUUUCCGAUUUCUUGGUCGCGCUGACUUCAGCGAUGCAUCCAGCUAUGUUGCUGAAGCUGCUGAGGAAACUCACCGUUGACGUCUCCAAGCUGUCCGAGUACACUACAGUUGCUCUACGACUGCUGACGCUUCACUACGAUCGCUGCGCGAAGUACUACGGAACAACGGGCAGUGGACAAGCUUCCCAAUUCGGAGCAUCUUCAGACGAGGAGAAACGACUCACCAUGUUGCUGUUCUCGAACAUCUUCGAUUCACUCAGCAACAUGGACUACGAUCCAGAGCUGUUCGGUAAAGCACUGCCUUGCCUUAUCGCCAUCGGUUGCGCUCUGCCACCGGAUUACAGUUUGUCCAAGAACUCCGACGAUGAUCUUUACGGAAAACCAACGACAAGCCCCGAUCAGCCGCACUACAAUCCCCAGCCUAUCGAUACCACCGUGGUUCAGUUGACAAACGACCUCAACCAGAUUACCCAAAAGUUCAGCGAACACUACCACGACGCUUGGGCUAGCAAGAAAUUCGAGAACGGCUGGAGCUACGGCGAUCAAUGGUCCGAUACUAAUAAGACCCAUCCGCGUUUGAAGCCAUACACUAUGCUGAGUGAAUACGAGAAAGAACGUUACAGAGAACCGGUUCGUGAAGCCCUUAAGGCCUUGCUUGCGCUUAACUGGCGCGUUGAUCACUCCGAAGUCGACGUCCCUCAUUCAAACCGCGGAUCAAUGCGCAGACAAUCCAAACCCAACCUUGAAUUGCAGGGAGACACAGGUUCACCGUUCAACUACAAUCCGCAUCCGGUUGACAUGACCAACUUGACGCUGAGUAGAGAAAUGCAGAACAUGGCCGAACGGUUGGCGGAGAACUCGCACGACAUCUGGGCCAAGAAGAAGUUUGAGGAGCUGCACCAUUGCGGUGGGGCCAUCCACGCUCAGUUGGUGCCGUACGAUCUAUUGACCGAUAAGGAGAAGCGAAAGGAUCGCGAACGAUCGCAGGAGUUCCUGAAGUAUCUGCAGUACCAGGGUCUUAAGUUGCAUAAACCAUCCCGUGGAAUGACCGAGGAGCCGGGAGUUACCGCGGCAGCUAUCGAAGCCCGCUUCGCCUAUUCGCUACUGGAGAAGUUGAUUUCGUACAUCGAUCGGGCCACUAUCAACAUGAAGCUACUGAAACCAUCGACGACCUUCAGCCGUCGAUCGUCGUUCAAGACCUGCACCAGGGAUAUCAAGUUCUUCUCGAAGGUUGUGCUUCCAUUGAUCGAGAAGUAUUUCUCAACGAACCGAAACUACUUCAUUGCGAUCGCUACCGCCACGAACAACGUGGGCGCCGCCUCGCUGAAAGAGAAGGAGAUGGUGGCCGCACUGUUUACCAAAUUGGCCAGCUUGUUGCGAUAUCGAAUGGCAGCCUUCGGCGCUGAUGUGAGGAUCACCGUUCGCUGUCUGCAGGUGCUGGUCAAGAGUAUUGACGCCAAAUCCUUGGUGAAGAACUGUCCGGAGUUUAUCCGUACCUCUAUGCUGACGUUCUUCAACAACACUGCCGACGAUCUGGGGCAGACUAUCUUCAACUUGCAAGAAGGAAAGUACGAUCGCUUGCGCGGUACGCAUCUGAAGACGUCGACUUCGUUGGCAUACGUCAAUCAGGUCAUUCUUCCGGUAUUGACGGCAUUGUUCGAUCACUUGGCUGCUUGCGAUUAUGGCAGUGAUCUGUUACUGGACGAGAUCCAGGUAGCGUCAUACAAGAUCCUGUCGUCCCUGUACACUCUUGGAACUGACAGUACCCUUACCCGUGAUCGCAAGUAUCUCAAGACCGAAAUCGAACGCCACAAGCCAGCCUUGGGAUCUUGUCUAGGAGCUUUCAGUUCCUGUUUCCCGGUAGCUUUCCUAGAACCUCAUGCCAACAAGCACAAUCCAUUCUCACUGUUGAACCGCAUUGCCGAUACUUCCCUAGAAGCUCAGGAUAUCAUGACCAAGAUGGAGAGCUCCAUGCCAACGCUGGAAACCAUACUGUCCGAAGUCGACCACUUUGUCGAGUCGGAGAAGACCUACCAGGAUGCUCAACAUAUUAUAGACGUAAUUUUGCCACUGCUGUGCUCGUAUCUGCCUUUCUGGUGGAACCAAGGGCCUGACAACGUCAGUCCACAGUCUGGAAACCACGUUACCAUGGUCACUGCUGAUCAUAUGAACCUUCUGCUCAAGAACGUUCUGAAGAUGAUCAAGAAGAACAUUGCCAAUGAAAACGCACCCUGGAUGACUCGUAUCGCUAGCUUCACCCAGCAGAUCAUCAUCAACAGUUCUGAAGAAUUGCUGAAAGACGUCUUCCUUCCGUUGGCCGAACGUGUUAAGAAGCGAGUCGACAGCAUGUUCCACAAGGAGGAGAGCUUGAGAGGUUUCCUGAAGUCUUCCACGGACGAUACGUCCCAAAUAGAGGCGCAGAUUCAAGAGGACUGGCAGCUGCUGGUUCGUGACAUCUACUCGUUCUAUCCACUGCUGAUCAAGUACGUGGAUCUGCAGAGGAAUCACUGGCUCAAGGAUAACAUCGCCGAGGCGGAGGAGCUCUACAACUACGUUGCCGAGAUCUUCAACGUCUGGUCAAAGAGUCAGUACUUCCUGAAGGAGGAGCAGAACUUCAUCUCUGCCAACGAAAUCGAUAACAUGGCACUGAUCAUGCCGACGGCGACGCGGCGCACGGCUGCCGUAUCCGGAGACAUGCCAGCCGCUGGCGGAAAGGUCAAGAAGAAGAAGCGUGCGCGCGAUAAGAAGCGUGAUAAGGACAAGGAAAUCCAGUCCAGCUUGAUGGUCGCUUGCCUCAAGCGUUUGCUGCCGGUUGGUUUGAACCUGUUCGCCGGUAAGGAGCAAGAGCUGGUUCAGCACUGUAAGGAUCGCUAUCUGAAGAAAAUGCCGGAAUAUGAAGUGAUUGAGUUCGCUCAUACCCAACUGACCCUUCCGGAUAAGUUGGACCCGGCGGAUGAAAUGUCCUGGCAGCACUACCUGUACUCCAAGCUGGGCAAGAAGGAGGACGCCAUUGUUCAGGAGUCGAUCGAAAAGGCCGACAAGAAGCAGGGCAACAAGAUCGAAGAGACCGUCGAGAGAAUCGUCGCCAUGGCCAAGGUUCUCUACGGUUUGCAUAUGAUUGACCAUCCACAACAACAAAGUAAAAAUGUUUAUAGAAGUUGUGUAUCGAUACAGAGAAAACGGGCGGUUAUUGCUUGUUUCAGACAUGUCUCCUUACAUUCACUGCCAAGACAUCGAGCCUGUAACAUCUUCGCUAGGACCUACUACGAACUAUGGCUGGAGGACGAGAAUGUUGGACAAGAGGUCAUGAUUGAAGACCUUACUCAAACAUUCGAGGAUGCCGAAAAGAAGAAGAAGGAAGAGGAAGAGGAGGAGGGUAAACCCGAUCCUCUGACUCAGUUGGUGACGACCUUCUGCCGUGGUGCGAUGACGGAACGCAGCGGUGCCCUCCAGGAGGACGCCCUGUAUAUGUCCUACGCGAGCAUUGUGGCCCGAUCAUGUGGCGAAGAGGAGGAGGAAGGCGGCGAUGAGGAAGAAGGCGGCGGUGGUGGAGAGGAUGAAGGUGGUGCUAGCAUUCAUACCAUGGACAAGCUCAUGGAACAAGAAAUGGAGAAGCAGAAACUAUUGUUCCAUCAAGCCCGACUGGCGAACCGCGGUGUAGCCGAGAUGGUUCUUCUGCACAUUUCUGCAUCCAAGGGUAUCCCAUCGGACAUGGUGAUGCGAACUCUUCAGUUGGGCAUUGCAAUCCUGCGUGGGGGUAACAUCGAUAUCCAGAUGGGCAUGUUGAACCACCUGAAGGAGAAGAAGGACGUCGGAUUCUUCACCUCCAUCGCUGGCCUGAUGAACUCUUGCAGUGUCCUCGAUCUGGACGCUUUCGAGCGUAACACCAAAGCCGAGGGUCUUGGAGUUGGAGCCGAGGGUGCUGCCGGUGAGAAGAACAUGCACGACGCCGAGUUCACCUGCGCUCUGUUCCGAUUCAUCCAACUGACUUGCGAAGGUCACAACUUGGACUGGCAGAACUACCUGAGAACUCAAGCCGGUAACACUACCACCGUUAACGUUGUUAUCUGCACCGUCGAUUACCUGCUGCGACUACAGGAGUCCAUCAUGGACUUCUACUGGCACUACUCCAGCAAGGAGCUGAUCGACUCGGCCGGUAAGGCUAACUUCUUCAAGGCCAUCGGAGUCGCAAGUCAAGUGUUCAACACCCUCACUGAAGUCAUCCAGGGUCCUUGUACGCAGAAUCAGCAAGCACUGGCUCAUUCCCGUCUGUGGGAUGCCGUCGGAGGUUUCCUGUUCCUGUUCUCACACAUGCAAGACAAACUCUCCAAGCACUCGAGUCAGGUCGAUUUGCUGAAGGAAUUGCUCAAUCUGCAAAAGGACAUGAUCACCAUGAUGUUGUCUAUGCUUGAAGGUAACGUCGUCAACGGUACGAUCGGUAAGCAGAUGGUGGACACCUUGGUCGAAUCUGCUUCCAACGUUGAGCUGAUUCUCAAAUACUUCGACAUGUUCCUGAAGUUGAAGGAUCUAACUUCAACGCCUAGCUUCAUGGAAAUCGAUCCCAAUGGCGAUGGUUGGAUUUUACCGAAGGACUUCCGCGAGAAAAUGGAACAGCAGAAGAGUUACACACCGGAGGAGAUUGACUUCCUGUUGGCGUGCUGUGAAACUAAUCACGAUGGCAAGAUCGAUUACAUCGGUUUCGUCGAUCGCUUCCACGAACCAGCGAAGGAAAUCGGUUUUAACUUGGCUGUACUGUUGACCAACCUGUCGGAACACAUGCCCAAUGAACCUCGCUUGGCCCGCUUCCUGGAAACUGCCGGAUCGGUUCUGAACUACUUCGAAUCGUUCUUGGGUCGUAUCGAAAUCAUGGGUUCGUCUAAACGCAUUGAAAGGGUCUACUUCGAGAUCAAGGAAGCUAACAUUGAACAGUGGGAGAAGCCGCAGAUCAAGGAAUCCAAGCGAGCCUUCUUCUACUCGAUCGUAACUGAGGGUGGCGACAAGGAAAAACUGGAAGCUUUCGUAAACUUCUGCGAGGACGCGAUCUUUGAAAUGACUCACGCAUCAGGGCUGAUGGCUAGUGACGAAGAUGGUGGCAAUGUACGACGUGAAGCCGCCUUCACCUACAUUAGCGAAGAGGAGGAAGAGCGUGCUGCGAGGGAUCCGAUCAAGCGAACGAUCCAGGCCAUCAAGGACGGUCUGUCCUACUCGGUGUACAUGAUCUCACCGUCGAACAUUAAACACCAGAUUGCGGUACUGCAGUCGAAAUCAUUCCCGGAAAUCAUCGUCGGCUUCUUCAAGAUGAUCUUCUACGCUUUCUACUAUUCCGGAUUCGGAGUUUCGAUCAUUAUCAAGUACUUGGUGAACAUUCUCAUGUCGUUGAUGCGCGGUUCGACUCAGGAAGAGGAAGAGGUGAUCGUGGAAGUCGAACCGUCGUUACGAGCGUUACCACCGUUACCAACAGAAGAACCACCUAGUACGGUACAGGCAUUCGGCUUGGACAUCAGCAAGGAAGAGAAUGGACAGUACCGCGUGCAACCUCACGAAUCUCCUGCGUUAAGCCCGUCUUCGUCUGUAGAGGAGACUGGUGAGAGCAGUCCGGAGGAUGGUGCUGGCGAACUGUCGGCAGAUGCGGCAAGUGCUGAACCUCCGAUGACUCUGGUUGAUUUGUUGGGAGGUGAGGCAGCCAAGCGAGCGGCUCAGGAACGAUCGGAAGCCCAGAAAGCCCAGGAAGCAACUUUGGCGAACAUCGAAGCUGAACAGAAGAAGGCUUCCGCGGAAACUAAGGAACCAGCGGCUGUUACUCAGAUCGAUUUCUCGAAGUAUACGAAGAAGGCAGUUAGCUUUUUGGCUAGGAAUUUCUACAAUCUGAAAUACGUGGCUUUGGUUUUGGCGUUCGGUAUCAACUUCAUGCUGCUGUUCUAUAAGGUAACGACACUUGGCGAUGACGAGGCUUCGGAAGGAUCUGGCGAAGAUAUGAUGGAAUUGGCUUCGGGACUUGGCUCGGGAUUGGCGGAAGCUGUAUUGGAAGGUGGAAGUGGCGGCGAUGGUGGCAGUGGAGACGGUGGAGAAGAAGGCGACGGAGAGGAUCCUCUGGAAAAGGUUGAGGUGGACGAGGACUUCUUCUACAUGGAACAUGUCAUGCGAGUCGCUGCGCUCAUGCACAGUUUGGUAUCACUCUGCAUGCUGAUCGCUUACUACCAUCUCAAGGUUCCUCUGGCCAUUUUCAAGCGCGAAAAGGAAAUUGCUCGACGACUGGAAUUCGAUGGACUGUUCAUAGCUGAGCAACCGGAAGAUGAUGACAUCAAGUCGCACUGGGACAAACUGGUCAUUUCAGCUAAGACGUUCCCUGUCAACUACUGGGACAAAUUCGUCAAGAAGAAGGUCCGUCAGAAGUACAGCGAAACCUACGAUUUUGAUUCGAUCUCGAACCUGCUAGGAAUGGAGAAGAAUGCAUUUGCCGCUCAGGAAAGUAGCGAAGGCGGUGGAUUCUUCCACUUCAUUGCAAACAUCGAUUGGCGAUAUCAGAUCUGGAAGGCCGGCGUCACCAUCACGGACAACGCGUUCUUGUAUUCGCUGUGGUACUUCAUAUUCUCGGUCAUGGGUAACUUCAACAACUUCUUCUUCGCGGCUCACUUGCUCGAUGUGGCCGUUGGUUUUAAGACACUGCGUACGAUCUUGCAGUCCGUAACGCACAACGGCAAACAGCUGGUAUUGACGGUGAUGCUGCUUACGAUCAUUGUAUACAUCUACACAGUAAUUGCGUUCAACUUCUUCCGGAAGUUCUACAUCCAGGAGGACGACGAUGGAGAAGAAGGAGAUCGCAAAUGCCACGACAUGGGCACCUGUUUCGUCUUCCACUUGUACAAGGGUGUCAGAGCAGGUGGUGGUAUAGGUGACGAAAUCGGAGAUCCAGACGGAGACGAAUACGAAGUGUACCGUAUUCUGUUCGACAUCUCGUUCUUCUUCUUCGUGAUCGUUAUCCUGCUUGCCAUCAUCCAAGGUUUGAUCAUUGAUGCUUUCGGUGAGCUUCGUGAUCAGCUGGAGUCGGUCAAGGAGGAUAUGGAGUCUAACUGCUUCAUUUGCGGCAUAGGCAAAGACUAUUUCGAUAAAGUACCCCAUGGGUUCGACACGCACGUUGCCCAGGAGCAUAACCUGGCGAACUACAUGUUCUUCCUCAUGCAUUUAAUCAACAAACCGGACACGGAGUACACCGGUCAGGAGACGUACGUGUGGAACAUGUACCAGCAGAGAUGCUGGGACUUCUUCCCGGUGGGUGACUGCUUCAGGAAGCAGUACGAAGACGAACUGAGCGGCGGAAGCAGUUAAUUAGCUGAGUAGCAAUCGACAAACCGAGAAAAGCAAACCAAAGAUUACGGACAAACGAACAGAAAACCAAACAAUCAACCACUGCAGAAACACCAUUUUAAAGACAUUUUUUCAAAGUUUCAUCCUAAAACUAACAACAAGAUCGACUAUUCCAAAGAAAUCGUUUUCUCCUAAACCAAACGUUUUAGAUAUGUCAAUUUGUGCAACCUGAGUCAAAAACUAGGGAAAAUUAGGAAAAUCAAAAAGCAAUGUUCGCUCUUUAUGUCGGUUAGCAAAAAUCUCCUAGAUUGGAAAUUUGUAAGAGGGUGUUGUGCGUCAUAGAAAACCUUUAUUUAAAUCAGUUAGUAGUGAAAAAACAACCUUCCAAAUAACACCUAAUUCACAAACACCCCCACGAACGAGCAAACAUACAACUAGUCGAUGCAUAUAGUUAGUCUGUUUCACGAUUGUAAAACUAUACUGAUGGGUAUUUCUCUUUUUCGUUAUUAUUAAGUUUGUCGUUUUUUGUACUUAUUUUUUGCAAACGAAACUGCGAGGAAACUUGUAACAAAUGGAAGAAAAGAAAAAACAUUUAUGCGAACUACAAGCAGAUAAUAUACACUAUGAUCACUUUUUAUCUACUUUAAAAGAUUCUAUUAGGGUUAAUAAAAACAGAUCGAUUACUUAUGAGUAAGAAA